UGUCACCACAAUAUGACAAACCCAAUCCACAAAUAGAUGCCCUAAGUGGAGAUUUGAUAGCGAUUAUUCAGCAUUUGUUCUUAGAUUUUGCUGUUUUCAUCGACAUUUGACCAAUCGUUCGUGAUUUUAGUCUGAUUUUGAAUUUUUGCAGGGAUUUUUACUUGGAUUUGGUGAAAUGAAAGAGAAAGUUAUGGCCCAUUUGAUGAUCUUAAUUGUGGGUUUAUUGAGUAUUUGUGUGGUGAAAGCAGAGGACCCUUAUAAGUUCUUUACUUGGACUGUUACUUAUGGAACUACUUCUCCUCUUGGUGUCCCUCAACAGGUUAUCUUAAUCAAUGGUCAAUUUCCUGGUCCUAGGCUUGAUGUAAUCACAAAUGACAAUAUUAUCCUCAACCUCAUCAAUAAACUGGACCAGCCUUUCCUCUUGACAUGGAACGGAAUUAAACAAAGAAAGAAUUCAUGGCAAGACGGGGUUUUGGGCACAAACUGCCCGAUUCCUCCAAACUCCAACUUCACAUACAAGUUCCAACCAAAAGAUCAGAUUGGAGGCUACACUUACUUCCCAUCAACCGGAAUGCACAAAGCCGCCGGUGGUUUUGGAGCUAUCAACAUAUACGCUAGACCUCGUAUCCCCGUGCCAUAUGCAAUUCCUGCUGCUGAUUUUAAUUUGCUUAUUGGUGAUUGGUACAAAUCCAACCAUAAGGGAUUACAGCAAUAUCUGGAAUCGGGGAGAUCUCUUCCGUUUCCGGAUGGCAUUCUUGUAAAUGGACAAACUCGAACCACGUUGAGUGGUGAUCAAGGUAAAACCUACAUGUUCAGAAUCUCGAAUGUAGGUUUAUCGACCUCCUUCAACUUUAGGAUUCAGGGACACAAAAUGAAGCUAGUCGAGGUUGAAGGAUCGAAUGUGGUUCAAAACAUAUAUGAUUCACUUGAUGUGCAUGUGGGUCAAUCGAUUUCGGUCCUUGUUACGUUGGAUCAAACCCCAAAAGAUUAUUACGUUGUUGCAUCAACACGGUUUACCAGAAACAUCCUUACUUCCGUUUCAGUAUUACAUUAUGCCGAUUCCCAAACACCGGUCUCGGGUCCGAUCCCAGCUGGCCCGACUUACCAAAUACACUGGUCUAUGCAACAAGCUCGAACAUACAGAUGGAACUUAACAUCGAAUGCAGCAAGGCCGAACCCACAAGGUUCAUUCCAUUAUGGAACGAUCACGCCCACAAGGACGAUCGUGCUAAGUAACUCGGCUAACCUCAUUAACGGCAAAAAACGAUAUGCUGUCAAUGGGGUGUCGUACAUUAAUGCAGACACCCCAUUGAAACUUGCCGAUUACUUUAAUAUCCCUGGUGUUUAUAGCAUGAACGCCAUUCAAGCCUUUCCUAGUAACGGUGCCCCCAUUUUAGCGACAUCCGUCAUGCCAGCCUCGCAUCACGACUUCCUUGAAAUUGUUUUUCAAAACAACGAGAACAUCAUGCAGUCGUGGCAUCUUGAUGGCUACGAUUUCUGGCCUGUCGGAUACGGAUCCGGGCAGUGGACUCAGGCAAGCAGAAAGAGCUACAAUCUAGUGGAUGCUCUUACGAGACACACGGUGCAGGUAUACCCGAACUCAUGGAGUGUAAUUUAUGUAUCGUUGGACAACCAAGGUAUGUGGAACUUAAGGUCUGCGAUGUGGGAACGACAAUAUCUCGGUCAACAAUUCUACCUCCGAGUUCACAACCCCGUGCAAAGUCUCGCAAACGAAUACGACAUCCCUUCGAAUGCUCUCCGUUGCGGUAAAGCCGUCGGACGAUGAUCUUAAACCGUUCGUUUAUCGUCUUCUACAACGGUCAUGAAGGGUUGACCGUCGACCGAAAACGUAGGCCUUAUGUAACACCACAAUAUGUUUCACAUCCCACCUGGUUUCCGAUAAAUUUAGACGAUUCAAACAUGUUUCCAAAUAUUAGAACUUGUUUUUCUUUUUAAUUCCAAUAUUUAUUCUUUAUUAUCCCUUUUAUUUAAAAAAACAAAUGUUGUAAUUAAUUGCUAUAUUUUAUUUGGGGAUCCUAUUUGAGUCUAUAAAAUUAUGAUAACCUUAAGAACUGA